AUGAGUGGGUUCAAAGAUAUCAUGAAGGAUGGCUGGCAUCCCAAAAGCAAGGAUGGGAAGAAAGAGAGCUGGCGGAAUGACUUCAAAGGCAUUAACCAAGUGGCGGGAUGGAUGGGAAAAGGAAAAGACGACAGUAGUGAUCGCUCUGAGCAUGUUUCUCAACCACUUUCUUCGAUGAAAGACCCCUCAGCUUGGGGACCACCACCAAAGCAUAUAAACUAUCACGGCCCAGCUGCCGUGCCGAAUCAGAACACUCCAGAUCGAAGUGGCCUCGGGGCUCCUCUUUCCCAGCAGCAAGUUCGCCAGCAGAAUGCUCGUGUAGAACAGCAGCAGGCGGAGCUUGAGGCGGAGGAAGAGCAGGCUCAGGCACCAGCAGUUCCGCCAGUACCAUAUCGUGCGGACCGAACGGGUCUAUCUACGAAUAAUCUCCCGCCACCUCCGAGACGGGUUGACUCCCCAGCGGACGCUGGUCCUCCUGUGAGCUCUCGACCAAAGCCAAGCAUUCCCCCGCGGGUUCCACCCCGCACCAAUUCAACUCCGCCAUCGCAUACGCCUUCUCCGCCCCCGGCAUACUCCCCGAUUCAACCUACAGAAUCUUCAGAUGGAUAUAUAAACCAGGGGGCUACGGCCCGACUCACUCGAGCCGGUGUCUCUGUUCCUUCUCUCGGAAUUGGGGGAAAUAGUCCCAGGACAACAGGGUCGGUAUCUCAAAGCCCGGUCAAUCAGUUACAGUCGCGCUUUUCGCAGAUGAAAACAUCUUCACCAGCACCACCACCCCCGCCGAGGAGAGAUACACUACCUGAGAAGCCAGCUGCAUCCCAGACACAGAACUCGCACAACGAUGUAUCCUCACCCUCAACAUCUAGCAGCCAAGGCAUUAGAUCCACCGUCAGCGACCUCCGCGAACGUCACGGCGACAAAAUCCAAGCGGGCAAAGACAAAGUCUCAGGGUUCAAUGAAAAGUACCAGAUUUCUCAGCGGGCCAAGAAUUUCAUCGAUGAGAAGAAGGCAAACCAUACUAGCGCACCAAGUUCAGGACCCCCGAUUCCUCGAGAUUCUAAUCAGCCGGCAUCCAGUGUUCAAAUUGACACAGAUACGCUGAGCCGGAAAAAGCCCCCACCGCCACCACCAAAGAAAUCGGGAAUGCGGGCGUUGCCAGUGAACACUUCCGCACCGGGAAGCCCUGUGCCGCCUCCCAUACCGACGUCCACGAAACCCCGCUAG